UUUUCUCAAUUUUCAAGUUUUUUUCUUCAUUUUUUUUCGCAUUAAAAUGAACAACGCAAUUCACUGUAACAAGUGCUUCACUUGCAUGCACCUCCAGAAUGGUCUUGAGCUGCUCAUUCUCUCGUGCAAGCACGUUUUGUGCCCAAAUUGCUUCGAAUCCGGUGUUUGUGCCAUCUGCCAAGCUCCCGCAAAGUCCAUGCCGAUCAACGCUCAAAUGCCGCAAAACAUCCGCGCGCUUUUCAUGGACAACAAUUGCAAAUUCAAGGAAAUUAUGGAUGCGGAAGCCUUUCAAUUUGACCAAAAGCUGAACUAUGUCUCGAAAUACGCCGCCAUGAGCGAGGAAUACGAAGAGCUCAAGAAGGAAAUUGUGGCUUUGGACAAACAAAAUGCUGAAGCAGAUGCCGAAUACGAGAAGGAAGUCGCUUUGAUCAAACGUUUACGCGAAACAAUGACCGCGCUUGAGAGAUCUCCAGAUCGCGUACUGAACAUGUCGAAUUCGUCCUUGUUGGAUAUCUCGUCGGGAUCUUCGAACUCAAAUUGCAGUACUCCGUCUUUCUUGUCUUCCAUGGAUAAGUCGAACGAUGAUUCGAAUGUCUCGAUUCCUGCUCCUGAUCUUCAUCAAUAUCGUGCUCCGACUGAAAAUACUUCAGUUACAAGUCGUUCUGUCAGCUCUAGCAGUUCAAGUUCUGCCAUUCCUGUUGCUGGUCCGUCUUUUAAACCGCAACAAAGAUCUGACAAUGCUUCUGGUCUAAACGUUGCCAAACCAAGCACUUCAGCAGGCACUUCAUCGUUGGUUGCUGAUGCACGAAAGAAGCUGCAGUUGCGUAUGCCAAUCCCGACUGAAAAUCGCAGCAUUUUCUCGCAAAAAGCUAAACGUGCUGGAAAACGUUGAUUUGAUUUUUUUUU